AUGAGUGCAAUCCGUGAUGGCUGGAUACAGGCUGGAGAUUACAAUGUUAUUGUCAUAGACUGGUCAGCGGAAGCAGGAAACUGGAAUUAUGCUCAGGCAAAAGCAGCUGUAACAGGAGUUGGAGAAAUAGUGGCAACUUUCAUCAACUGGCUUGCUUCUCUUGGUGCCAGCACCAAUAACAUGCAGCUUGUAGGACACAGCCUAGGCGCUCACGUCUGUGGUGUUGCAGGAAAUCGUGUUACUGCAGGAAGACUGAACAGAAUUACAGGCAUGGACCCAGCAGCACCACUCUUCGGCUCAAAGUCUGCCGCAGACCGUCUUGAUGCAAGUGAUGCUGGCUUUGUACAGGUGAUACAUACCAAUGGUGGACUUCUAGGAUGGUAUGAUGCUAUGGGAACAGCUGACUUCUAUCCAAAUGGUGGAAAAUUUCAGCCUGGUUGUGAAUUUGAUGUUACAGGUGCCUGUAGUCAUGGCCGAUCAACUGAAUUCUUUGCUGAAUCCAUAACAACCGGAACAGGAUUUAAGGCAUAUCAGUGUGGCAGCUGGGACGACUUCAAUGCUGGAAAUUGUGCUAGCAAUCCAACAGCUCUCAUGGGAGAGAAACUCUCAAGCAGAUCGUUCCAUUUAUUCGACUACGACGACGAGGCCGCCGACGCGUACAAGUCGCUGGAAACGCAAAAGCUGAGGGUGGUGGCAUCAAACCUUUUUGCGAACGACAUGAAUGUAUGCCACGGUGUCUGA